UAACUCCCCUAACUCUUUGGGGGUGUUAGUGAAGCAAAGUUAGUGAUUGUUGAGGAUGACGAAGACGAUGGGUAAGAUGGAAGAAGGGUGUUGUUCGACUGGUUUAGACAUGCAAGUGAUUGGGAAUUUCUUGAGUUUCGCGUCGAGAGGUGACAGAGUUGGGCUGAACCAGAUGUUGAGGCAAGGUACUCCUCCUAAUGUUCAAGACUAUGACAAGAGAACCGCCUUACAUCUUGCUGCGAGUGAAGGUCACGCUCCCAUUGUUGAGCUUCUUCUUCAUUACAAGGCUGAUGUCAAUCUCAUUGAUCGAUGGCAACGCACUCCCUUGACAGAUGCAAGACUCUAUGGACACCGAGACAUAUGCAGGAUCCUGGAAGUAAAUGGAGGCAAGGACUUCAUCAAUGAUCAACCAAUGACAGUGCGGCAUGAGCAAGAUUCAAGUGCAGCAAAAUUUGACAUUAGGGAACUGGAUACACAACACUCCUCAACAGUUAAACAGGGUGUAUUUGGCGAAUCUCAAAUGGUCAAGUGGCGUGGAACGUGGGUGGUCAAAACUGUGAUUAAGUGCGACAAGGAUGAUCAUCCUGCACAAACGAUACUGUCUGCCAAGGUUAAUACAUUGUUACAGGAACUCCGACAUCCCAAUAUCUUGCAGUUUCUUGGUUCAAUUGUUUGCGGAGAGGAGAUAAUUCUGAUAACAGAGUACCUGCCAAAAGGAAGCUUGGAUUAUAUCUUGUCCAAGAAAGUUCGACUUGAACUUCACAUCGCCCUGCGGUAUGCACUUGAUAUUGCUAGAGGCAUGAAUUAUCUUCAUGAGCACAAACCCUCACCCAUAGUUCACAAUUAUUUGAAUACCAAAAAUUUGUUGCAAGAUGAAGGUGACCAAUGGAAGAUUGGAGAGUAUUGGCUUCAAAUUUUGUAUAAACAAAGGCACCCUAAUCAAGACAAAAGCCAAAGAAAUGAUAAUUCUAGCAUUCCUAUCAACCUGUCUGAUGACACCAAGAAAGAUAUCCACUCAUUUGGCUGCAUAUUGUAUCAGAUGCUAGAAGGAAAUCACGAGGAGACCAACACAAUAUCUGAGUUCAUGCAUUUUGAACCAAAAUUUCAGCUAAGUCGAUGCCCUAAAAGAAUUCAAGAAUUGAUACAGUAUUGCACAAGUAAAGAUCCAUCGGAAAGGCCAUCAUUUGCAGCCGUCAUAGAAAUCCUGGAAGAAGUCUCAGCAGGUGUGGGGAAACCUGCAUGUCCUGUGUGUUGAGUGCAUUAUGCAAUGUGAAUGUGCAUAUAUAUACACAAAUACUGCAACAGUAAGUUAAAAAUCUCACGAUAUUGUGAGUACAAGUUACAGUAAUAUCCUGAACUUGCUUACUACUAGUAAGCUUGGAUGUUGAAAUUGGUGGAUAAUAAUAAAACUUGCAGUACA